AUGAGAGAGAGAGAGGGUAUACCGACAGUAGUGGGGGGGGGGGGGGGGGGGGGGGGGGGGGGGGGGGGGGGGGGGGGGGCUAGGCGGCGGCGUCUUGGAGGAGGCGCAUAA